ACUCUCUUUUGGCUCGCAGGGCAGACGGGAGCCUUCGGCGGUGCGCUGUUGGCUGUAUCUCUGAAACAAGGCAACAACUGAAUUGUCAAAAGAGCCACAGGCUGAGUCACUGGAUUAAUGGAGAGCUGAAGAAGAAGCAUGCUCAAGCCAGAGUUCCAGACCUGAUCGGCCCAGCAACUGCCGCACCUCACCAUGAUUCUACUCUCUUGCAGUGUCAUGAACUUCGGCGCAAAGAAGAACAAAGAGGCCCCAGAGGGAAGCGGUGGAGCAAAUGAGGACAGUGGCAUAAGCCGCCCAUUGGCCUUGGCAACGGUGAAAAGUUUGUGAAUUUAUUCCCUGUGGGACCAGUUGCCAAGGGAGGGCAGACGGGUCAGGCGGCUCAAGAUCAAAGAUCCAAUCUCUUCGCUCCGGGAGAGCCAUCUCGCAUUGCCAGAGAGAGUCCGGUUGGGCCUGGACUCAGCCUUGAACAGGCGCCUGUCGGCACAUGUCCUAUGGCACUUUUUAAGGAGGAACGCCCCGCGCAUGCCACAGAAGCGCCCUCUUGUCAGGUGUGCUGGCGCAUGUGCGAACUGAAGAGGAGGUAGUGUCUACGUACAAGUGUCUCUCCCCUGGGGGGUGUAGCCUUUGCUGAGAUUCUGUCGGACCCGUCCGUGGCGUGACGAUGGCACAUGAGCGGCACGGUGCUUCGCGGCUUCGCAGCCCUGGGAUUGGACCUGAGCAGGUCGAGCUGCUUUUGGCCGCGUGUAGGGAGGCCAAGGAGUUUGCGUACUGCCCCUACAGCAAGUACCCCGUGGGGGCUGCUCUCCUGACCACCGAUGGGAAGGUCUACUCAGGUUGCAACGUUGAAAACGCAUGCUACCCGCUGGGCGUGUGCGCUGAGCGCACAGCUAUCCAGAAGGCAGUAUCGGAAGGGCAUACGAAAUUUCGAGCCAUGGCCAUUAGUUGCAACAGCCGGGAAUCGUACGCCGUGCCCUGUGGGGCUUGCCGACAAGUGCUCAGAGAGUUCGGUAAACACUGGGACAUCUAUUUGACCAAGGCAGAUGGGACGUACAUACAAAAGACUUUAGAAGAGCUUCUUCCCCUCUCCUUCGGACCAGAAGACCUGAAGACGUUUUGAAGAGGGCGAGACAGAGCCUGCAGUGACCUUAUGCCUUAUCCCCAAUAAGAGAUUUCAUUCAUUGA